AGACACCUAUCCGGGUCCUUCAGCGCUUCUGCAUUGUUAAGACGAAACUCGCGGAGCUGCGGCUGGAGUUGCCGGGAGCGUCUGUUGUACUAAGAAAUAAAUAACAUCUAAAUUUCGAAAUCAAACAGCAUCAUAUAAACGUUUCUUUUAAUACACUGAAAGUCAAGAUGCCAUCAGUAACAACUGGCGACAAUGCUCUUCACUCCUCCAGUCCAGAUUUGGUCUCUGCACCAUCUGAAGCCCUAAAGCAAGUUCUUGUUGUGAUUGACAAGAAAGUUCGCAACAUGGAAAAGAAAAGGGGCAAGCUGAAUGAUUACCAGACCAGGAAAAACAAUGGAGAACGCCUGAACCAGGAUCAGCUGGAGGCAUUGUCCAAAGCUCAGGAAGUGGCUCACAACUUGGAGUUCGCUCGUGAGCUUCAGAAGAAUUUCAUGGCUUUAAAUGUGGAGAUCCAGAAAACUGUGAAAAAGGCGUCACGGCGGGAGCAGAUGAAGAGGGAGGAGGUGGAACGUAAGCGACUGAAGGCUGUGCUUGAGGUACAGUACCUGCUGGACCAGCUUGGGGAGGAAAGCGUGAGGAGGGACUUGACUCAAUGCAGUGGGGAAGCACCUGCACUUACAGAGUCGGAGCUCAAUGGCUUGGACGAGUUCUACAAGCUGAUUGGUCCUGAACGGGACUCUAGUGUGAGGUUGGCAGAGCAGUUUGAGGAAACGUCUGUACAUCUGUGGGAACUUUUGGAAGGAAGGGAUAAAGCUGUGGCGGGAACCACAUACAAAGCCCUUAAGGAUACCUUGGACAAGAUGCUGCUAAGUGGGUACUUUGAUCAAGCUCAAACACAUCAGAACGGAGUGUGCGAGGAGGAGACACGGACAGAUGCGGUGGAAUCGCCAGAGAGUGAAGACCAUUCCCCUGAGCCAGAUGUGUCCGCUCAAGAAUACACAGAACCUAUUGAAGUUGAAGCAACAGAGUUUGUAAACCGACAGUUCAUUCCAGAUCCUGCUUAUAGCAGUGACAAAGAACAAGGAGGAGAGUGGAACACAAGUUCUCAGGCGGUGAGUUCCCUCCAGGAGCCACAGCAGUCGUCUACAGCCGUGAGCCCGCCUCUGGUCAGCUCAGAGCCGCACACGCUAAACGCUGUCCUGCCUCCCCCCGCAGCAGACCCUGUGAUCAGAAAGCAGGUGGUCCAAGACCUCAUGGCUCAAAUGCAGGGUACCUUCAACUUCAUGCAGGACUCCAUGCUGGAGUUUGAUGGACCACCCUUAGAUCCUGCCAUUGUGUCUGCACAACCUAUGAAACCGGCACAGAUGGGCUGUCCAUCAGCUCACACAGAAUCCAGACUCCCCCAACACAACACACUUCCUGUGCAGCCAGAACCUACACAAGUCCCUAUGGUCUCUCCUCCAAAAGAGGCUUUCUCCUCCACACCGCCCGUCUAUCAGCCUCCUCAUGCCUCUGACCCUCGACCGCAAACAGAUGCCAUUGACCCCCUCCAGGUCUCCAUGCCCUUGUCGUCUGAGCAGCCCCCCUCCCCUUCCUCUCAGCCCCAGGUGUUUCAGCCUGUCUCCAAACCCCUUCACAGCGGCAUCAACGUUAACGCAGCUCCAUUCCAGUCCAUGCAAGCGGUGUUUAAUAUGAAUGCACCAGUUCCUCCUACCAGUGAGAUGGAUUCUCAGCAAAUUUCCAGCCAGUACCAGAGUAGUUACGGCCAGGGUUUCAGCGCACAGGCCGCACUUCCAGCAGAGCAGCAGGAAAUGCCACAGGAAGCCAUGCAGUCAGUAGUUGGUCCUUUCCAUUCUCAAGACCAAGGUAUUCAAUCUUCAGGAGGACACCAGUCUGCACCUCAGCAGUCGUCUGGGCAAAGCACAGGUUUUGGGCGACCAGGUCAGUCCUUUUACAGCAACAGAGCAAUGCCACGUGGUGGACCCAGGAAUCCAAGAGGGGCUUUGAACGGCUACCGUGGAUCAUCAAAUGGAUUUAGAGGUGGAUACGACGGGUAUCGCGCUCCAUUCCCAAACACUCCUAACACCGGAUAUGGGCAGACUCAAUUCAGCACUCCGCGAGAUUACUCCAAUAGCACCUACCAACGGGAUGGAUAUCAGCAGAGCUUCAAGCGAGGGGCUGUCCAGGGACCUCGAGGUAUUUCUCGAGGACGAGGUGGAUCUUAUCGCUCCAGCAGAGGAAUGGGUCCCGUGGCUACACAACAGACAAGCUAAACCCCGUACAUAAGCCAUUAUCAGCCCUCUCCCACCCGUCGGGACUCCUAAACAAUUCGUGACACUCCAGACCAUGUAGUUAGCUGUGAACAUGCGUAGCAAGUAAGGACACAAUCAAUAGUUUUGGAAAAAAGGAUCUAUCGUUGAGACUCAGAAAUGCUCUUUCUCUCAAGCAUAUGCUAUUGCACAGCCUUCAAACAUUUUGAGACAGAACACGUGCCUUUGAUUAUGGGUGUGUGGAUCUUAAUUGAACCUGGUAGGAAAACGACUCGGAACGUGUAGCUGGGAACGGCCACUAGAUUUUGAAUGUGAAGUACACCACAUACCAAAGGCACUUUGAUUUUGGCCAAACGAACUGUUAAGUUAAUGUGAAGAAUUAACUUGUAUGUACUGUAUUGUAUUGUGAUUUUUCUUUUUUGGCUCAGCCAAAUGGUUUACAGGAAAUGUAUUGUGCUGUAUGUGGCUGAAUGACUGCUUCAUUAAUUACUGGUUAUUAAUGUUAAUGCUAACGAAUGAUAAUAAAUGAUUUUUAAACAAGA